CCAACCAGGUUUUUUUCUUCUUCUUCCCUAUAGGUGGCUGGGGGAGAAGGUUCACAUGGCCAUAUCGAGAUAUUUUCCCUCAACAGGCCCACGCCGAGGACUGUAAAGAGCCUGCAGGUGGGCUCCGCUGUCCGAUGUCUGGAUUAUGUGCCAGAACCUUCUCCGCCUGAGGAAGUGGAGGCUGGAGUUCCCAAGUCCACGUCGGGGAUCGGCGCCAACAUUUGUGUCGGAUUAGACGAUGGACGCAUCCUGGUCUAUGGCAGCGUGGACACUUCAGCACAAUGCCUUUUGACCCUCCACAACCCGGAGGGCUGCCCUGUGCUGUGCCUGCAGCACUCCCCUCGCUUCCUGUUCGCAGGCCUGCGGAACGGGACCAUGAUGGUGUUUGGAAGAAGUGACAACGAUGAUUUUUGGGACCCAGACUCCCGGAGAUGUGUGAGCCUGGGCUCAGAACCGGUGCGGACCCUGUUGGUGUUGGACGACUCAGUGUGGGCAAGCUGCGGGAACUCUGUCACAGUUGUGGACAUCUCCAGCCUCACCACUCAGACGUUUGAAGUCCACCCAGACCCGAUGAUCAGCGUGGCACACAUGGCGUGUGCCGGCGGGGGGGUGUGGAUGGCGUUCUCCGAGGGUUCCUCCAUCCGUCUCUUUCAGACUGAAACACUGGAGCUUCUGCAGGAAAUCAACAUCUCCGCACGCUCAACGCUGCUGAACACUGGUCAAAAGAGCAUGCGAGUCACGAGUCUGCUAAUUUGCCAGGGGCUGUUGUGGGUGGGCACUGCCCAAGGCUUAAUUAUCACUCUUCCAGUUCCCAAACUGGAGGGCAUCCCCAAAAUAACAGGAAAGGGAAUGGUCUCUCUAAAUGCUCACUGUGGACCAGUGGACUUCCUGGUAGCCACCACCAGCACUCUGUCCCCUGACCUGCUGAAGAGGGAUUCUGUCGCCGAUGGCCCAGACUCCGCCUUCGGAGGCGAGGACCGCAGCGACACCUCCUCCCAGGAAUCCCUGCAGCAGUCCUACCAGGGGGAGGGCCGAGGCAAAGGACGCGGCGUCCUGCUGCAGUACAAGCUGCGCUCGACGUCGGGACUGCCCGGGCGGCCGUUGACAGCGCUCGGCGACGAGGCCUCGGACUCCUCCCUGGAGUCCCUGGAGCACAGCGUGGAAGAUGGAUCCAUCUACGAGCUGAGCGACGACCCAGAAAUGUGGGUCCGGGGACGUCCUUGCGAGAGGGACGGGGGGCGCAGGGACAGGGUGAUCUCUGCAGCGGUUAUCUCUGGAGGCAAGGGCUUCCGUAGACUGAAGGAAGGGGCGGCAACAGGUACUAGGACAAGUGGCGAGGGUUUAGAGAAUAUUCUUAUGGUAUGGCAGCUCCCACUGACAGUGUGAUAUGGAAAAUAUACGGCAAGGUGAUGGGUAUUUAUAGAUGUCUACCCAGCAUAGCCUUGACUCACCCGGUCCAUAUAUUCAAGGGAUUUGAAUAACAUGUACUGUAGGAUGUGAAGGUCUUGCCACCAUUACAGAUCUUGACAGGUUAAGAUUUAGUGGAAUGAGGAAGGUAAAACGCCCUGUUUACCAGCGGUAGUGUCAGCCCAUACGAUGCUUUGAACGUGCGUCAUCGUCUUCCCAGCAGUGGCAGAGGCACUGAUUAGUCGUGAGUGAUUGUUUUGAUCUGCUUUCCUCAUCCUGCCUUUGUUACGAUUGAUAUGCCUCGAUUCAACCUCAUCAUCGCGCCGUGGGCUCCGCCACAUUUAUUUCACGUGGAAGGAAUUGUGUAUGUGAGCGGCCACGGACAGCACGCCUUUGAGAGGCAGGCUUUGUUGAAUCUGCCAUGCUCUGCCGAGUCAGAGAUGGACAUUUUUUAUUUGGUCCUGUGGGAGCGAUCCCAUCUGUAUCCAGCUGAAAGCUGGGGACUUCCACAGCAUCAAAAUGCACAUUAGCAUCACUUUAUUAGCUCUUAGCCAGCCUUUCUCUCAUCCCAUACAAUGUGAAUGUGCGAUACCUUCUAUUGUGUCUCCAAAUUGACACUGUGCUCUCUUAAAAAGAACAAAAAAGGAUUUAAUAUUUCCUGUUUUAAUGCAGCUGUUGCAAAAACAAUUCUUGGCUAUUGAAAAUUAGUUUCUUCCAAGAGCUUACCAUGCCUUGAUUGAGGAGAAUUAAGGUAGUACAGACUGGCUGCA